AUGAGUCAAAAUAGGAAUGUUUCAAGAGAAGCGGAUGGUAAUACGGAACCGGAUUUAUCAAAAUGUCCAUCUUGUCAAACCUGUAAAAAUUCGAAUAAAAUCGUUAAUAAUCCGUGCGGAGAAGAAAUGUCGUCGAAAAAUAGUCUCGUUUUAGAAGAUAAAAAAAUGAUAGCGCUUUUAGCGAGCGAAAUUAAAAUACCCGAAAAACUUAUAAAAAAAUUCGAAAUCCAAGACACGGGUCAAAGCAAUGAAAAGGGAUCGUGCAGUUGGGAAUUUAAAUCCGGGAAUGAAAAAUCGGAAAAAUUCGGCGGCGUCAAAAGAGUUAAUUCUGCAUCCCUCGUGGAACAUUCGCCGAAAAAAGAAGAUUGGAAAAACACGAGAUGCAAUUCGGACGUGUCUUGGUCUCCUAAUUGUUCGAUACAAAAUCAAUCGCUAAUGAAAUCCUGGAAGUGUAACAACAACAACAACAAACAAUUUAUCCGUGGUAACAGCAGGAUUCGUCUCAUUUCAAGUUCAAAUAGUUUAAAUGCUAGUUUACCAAGACUCACGAGUCAUCACAGUUCAUCCGACGAGGAUUGGUUCGAAGAAAUCGAAGAAGGAGAUGAUGACGUACUGAGAAUGAGCGAUGUCAAACAUGAAAACGAAGAAAAUAUUUUGAAUAUUUGUCCUGAAUACUGUGGGGACAAAGGGGCAACCGCCAAAAGUUUACGACCCGCGGCACAAUCCAUAUCGCGAACAAAUCUUUUUUCCGGAAAAGAAAGCAUAGCGCUUGCCAAAAUGAAUUUUGAAAAAAUACCAUCCGAAACCGUAUCUUGCAUCAAUGCAGACGACAAAUCCAGUAAUUCCCUGUACGAUAACAUGUCCCUCACGGGGAAAUCAUACGACGGCGUGCUUAGCAUAGACGAAGCCAAAAACAAGCAAAAAGUGAAUUUCAAACCUGUCACGUCUUUAAAUACGAAAGAUUCGAAAACGGGUUUCAAAUCGAAACCUCUAAGAAUUUUCAGAAGGUUGGCGGAAGGACUUAAAGAAUCUCACCAUAACGAAGAUCAUCAAGACACUAAUUUAAUAAGUUCGACAAACAGAGAAAGUUUUGAAAACUUAAUUGUAGAUCCGACGGUAAGCACGGGUGAUUUUGUAACCGCCGAAAACAGUGAAAAUAAAUACGACGAUGACGUAGGCGAUGGUGACGUCAGCGAAAACGUUGAAAAAGUUAAGGAGGAACCGGGAGGUGUCGAAUGUAAAGACGAAUGCAACGUAAAUAUUAGUUUGGAAAUUUCUGGAACGGGGAAAGACGAUUUGGAAAGUACAAAAGACACAAUAGAGUCUUCGCAAACGUACAACGCCAUAAUGGAAAAGAACGAAGAUAAAAAAGAGGGGAAGAAAACGGAUUUAACGGUUUCUCUUGACGAAUCGUGGGAAACGAUCGAAUUGGGUGGUAAAAUGACAAAAGGAAAAGAAAAAAUUUCGUUUGAUAAUAAAAAUGUUAAAAAUAUAAAUUUUUGUACUGACGAUGAUGCGAAGAAAAAAAAGUGUAUAAAUAAUAGAGAAACGACUUGCUGUUGUAUAUUACAGUGA